CAGAUUUGAUAUAUGAUAGAUUAGUCUAAUACGCCUGGGUUUCUGUCAGAAUAACUCCGUCGGGCCAUCGAGGAGACGUGCAUCAGCUGCUUUUGGUAAGACAAAUUCAACUCAGGAGGCCAAAAUGAUUCUCAAUUCUACUACGGAAGAUGGCAUCAAAAGAAUCCAGGAUGACUGUCCCAAAGCCGGAAGGCACAAUUACAUAUUCAUCAUGAUUCCUACUCUGUACAGCAUCAUCUUUGUGGUGGGAAUAUUUGGGAACAGCUUGGUGGUGAUUGUCAUCUACUUUUACAUGAAACUGAAGACUGUGGCCAGCGUUUUUCUUCUGAAUUUAGCACUCGCUGACCUGUGCUUUUUACUGACUUUGCCCCUGUGGGCUGUCUACACUGCAAUGGAAUACCGCUGGCCCUUUGGCAAUUACCUGUGUAAGAUCGCUUCAGCCAGUGUCAGUUUCAACCUCUAUGCCAGUGUGUUUCUACUCACGUGUCUCAGCAUCGACCGCUACCUGGCUAUCGUCCACCCGAUGAAGUCUCGCCUUCGCCGCACAAUGCUUGUGGCCAAGGUCACUUGCAUCAUCAUUUGGCUGCUGGCUGGCUUGGCCAGUUUGCCAGCUGUCAUCCACCGAAACGUAUUUUUCAUUGAGAACACCAAUAUCACGGUGUGUGCAUUUCAUUACGAGUCCCAAAAUUCAACCCUCCCCAUAGGAUUGGGCCUAACCAAAAAUAUCCUGGGUUUUCUGUUUCCCUUUCUGAUCAUUCUUACAAGUUACACUCUUAUUUGGAAGGCCCUAAAGAAGGCUUAUGAAAUUCAGAAGAACAAACCAAGAAAUGAUGACAUUUUUAAGAUCAUUAUGGCCAUUGUGCUAUUUUUUUUCUUCUCCUGGGUUCCCCACCAAAUAUUCACUUUCCUGGAUGUGCUGAUUCAGCUGGGUGUCAUACAUGACUGCAAAAUCGCAGAUAUUGUAGACACCGCAAUGCCUAUCACCAUUUGCAUUGCUUAUUUUAACAAUUGCCUAAAUCCUCUUUUUUAUGGCUUUCUGGGGAAAAAAUUUAAAAAAUAUUUUCUCCAACUUCUUAAAUACAUCCCCCCGAAGGCCAAAUCCCACUCAAAUCUAUCAACAAAGAUGAGCACGCUGUCCUACCGCCCCUCAGACAACGUAAGCUCAUCCACCAAGAAGCCCGUGCCCUGUUUUGAAGUUGAGUGACAUGUUCAAAACCUGUCGGUGAAGAAAUCCUGUUCAAGAAGGGGCCAAA